AAAUGGCCGAGCGAGGUAAAUCACACGUGUGAGAGCAAUCUGUCAACAUGGUCAUGAAAGAAAGAAUUCUAUAGGAUUUGAUGGGGGACUCUGAGGAGGAGGAGGAGGAGUGGGAGGAAUGUGAUGAGGAGAUGGACGACACGCAGGUCACAUGUCUCUUCUGUUCCCAGAACUUCACGUCUGCUGAGGACACAUUCACACACUGCAGGACUUCACACAACCUUGACCUUAUCCAGUGGAGCAAACAACACCGAGUGGACUGUAUACAAUACAUCAAAAUGAUCAAUUACAUCCGACUGAAGACACCGUCUCCAGAAGAUGUAAAAUCCUCGUUCGCUCAAAGAGCUCCUCCAUGGGAAAGCGACGAUUUCAUGACUCCAGCCAAUCCUGGUGACUUGUUGCUGCAGUAUGACAUUGAGGAUGAUUUUGAAGACUUUGGCACAUAUGAAGAUAAUGGUCCUAGUGGAAUUUCUGCUUCUUGUGGAGUGCCCUCUGGUGAGGAGAAAGUAAUAAAUCAGAAGAACUCCUCAGGCACAUCUAUGUCAGAGAUAAAUGGUGUCAAUGAAUCAGAGCUGGAAUCCACUUCUGCCCAACUCAGGGUUGCUAAGCAGCGGGUCCAACAACUGGAGGAGGAACUGGGGAGAGUUCUGGGAGAUUUUGAGAGAGUGAGAAAAGUGACACAAGAUCUACUGAUGUCACAGCCUACCCAGCCAAUCAAAGCAGACAAUGCUGUACAGAUGCUGACAGAAGAUGAAGAUGAUGUUUAUUUUGGAUCGUAUGCUCAUUUCAGCAUCCAUCAAGAAAUGUUAAAAGACAAAGUGCGUACAGAAAGCUACAGAGAUUUCAUGUACAGGAAUCCCGACCUGUUUAAAGAUAAGGUUGUGUUAGACGUGGGGUGUGGCACUGGCAUCCUCUCCAUGUUUGCUGCCAGGGCUGGGGCCCAGAAAGUGAUUGGAGUCGACCAAUCAGAAAUUGUGUAUCAAGCUAUGGACAUUGUCAGAGAGAAUGGAUUGGAUAAUGUUGUGACUCUGAUCAAAGGACGGAUAGAAGAUGUGGAUAUUGCGGUGGAUGGAGUGGAUAUAAUUAUCUCGGAGUGGAUGGGAUACUUUCUCCUGUUUGAAUCAAUGUUAGACUCUGUGCUGUAUGCGAGAGACAAAUAUCUACGACCGAAUGGAGUGGUCCAUCCUGACAAAUGUACCAUUGUGUUAGCUGCAUUAAGUGACCCUGACCUUCACACAAAUCAUGUGACUUACUGGGAUGAUGUGUAUGGUUUUAAAAUGACUUGUAUGAAAUCUGAGGUGAUCAAAGAAGCCAGUGUUGAAACCGUGAAAGCAGAGAAAAUAUUGUCUGAUUGUGUGGUUGUCAAGGAGUUGGACACCUGCUCAUGCUCCACAUCAGAUCUCCAGUUCUCAGAAGACUUCACUCUCACAGCUUCAGGAGAGGGACAAAUUAAUGCCUUAGUGGGAUACUUUGACAUUUUCUUUCAUAAAGGGUGUACCAGCAAAGUGAUGUUUUCCACCGGCCCACAAGUCACAUCCACCCACUGGAAACAAACAGUGUUCCUUUUGAAGAAUCCAAUCAGCGUUACUAAAGGGCAACAGAUGAAAGGCCACAUCAUUUGCAAAAAGAACAGACGUGAUCCGAGGUCCCUUGUGAUAACACUGACUGUUAAUGAUGUUACACAGGGCUUUAUAAUGCAAUAAAGAAAUCUAUACAUAU